GUGCGGGCCUCGGACCAAGGAUCGCCCCAGCGUCGCUCUACUGUGAGGGUGAGCGUGCACGUUGUGGGGCCUGGGGGUGACGGUCGACCCUCAACCCUCAGUGCACCGAACCCUCACUUCACCCGCGUCACGGAACUGGACCCUGAAGGUUAUCUGGUGGCUGUUGUGCAACCCCCUGUACUAGACGGCACCAUCAUCUGGUUCUCCAUAGUAGCCGGAGACCCCAGAGAAGAGUUCAUCAUCGGAGUGGACUCAGGAAGUGUACAACUAGCCCGUCAACUGGACUGUGAGACGCAGAAUCUGUACAAUCUCACAAUCAGCCUGUCUGAUAGUCAUCGCACCGUAUACACACAUUACACCGAACCAUCUGGCUCAGUGCGUCCAGCGCAUGCGCACGAGCUACCCUUCCCUUUCCAGUGCAUACGGAAACACUUGGAACAGUUCAGACCAGAAGUAAUGCUGUCACGACCUGAGACGACGAUUGUAUUGUCAGUGGCUUGUGGAUGUGGGAGCGAUCUGUACUUGCUUGAGUCGUGGGAGGGGUUAAGCUAUUUGUGGGAGAGUGGGCUGUGUCGUCUCCCCGCCAAGCGUUUUCUUGCUAAAUAA